AUGGCACAGCAGAAGGGUAAGAAAAUCCCUGAAAGGGCCGACAAAUCAGGCUUCUUCACAGCGCGAUCCGCGCCAAACAGAGCCCAGGGCCAGCAUGAUGUGGACCAAGAUGGCGGCGGAGACGACACCCUUCCUCUCCAGAACUCACCAGACCCUGGGAAUCUCCCCUUCACACAAGAGAUCCUGAGAGCAUGCCUGGACAAAAUGUCCGACAAACUGCUCAAUAAGAUCCAAGCAUCGGUCACUGCACUGGGCAAAGACAUCCAGGAGUUGGGUGAAAGAACAGCACACGUGGAGAACCGCAUGGGCGAAUAUGAAGAAGCCCACAAUGACCUAGCGGACCAUGUUCAAGCCCUGGAAAAGCAGCUUACCUCAGCCCAGCUCAAGCUCUCUGAUCUGGAAGACAGGUCAUGGAGGCAAAACCUGAGAAUACGGGGAAUACGGGAAUCGGUAAUGCAAGCUGACAUACCCGAAUUCCUGACGGGGUUCUUCAAAUGUCGCAUACCAGACAUGCCGACGGAAAUGAUCCUUCUGGACCGGGCUUACCGAGUAGCCAAACUGAAGUUUCUACCCGCAGAGGCAGCAAGAGACACGCUGACCCACCUACACUAAUACCAUGUCAAAGAGGCCAUACUUAAAGCUGCCAGGAACCGUACAAACCUUCCAGAAAAAUAUGGCCAGCUACAGAUAUAUGCUGACCUAUCAGCAGCCACCUUACAACGGCGAAGAGAGUUCAAGGAGACAACAGAAACGCUGCGGGAACACAAGAUCCCAUAUAGAUGGGGGCACCCGGUGCGCCUGAUUAUUCAACGCAAUGGUACCUCCACCCAUGUGUCAACACCAGAGGAAGGACUGAAGGCCCUGAAGUAAUGGGACUUACCAGUCCGCAAACAACAUGGACGUACAACUUCGCCGCAGCGUCUAAGACAAGACUGGAAGAAGGCGAAAAAAUAACCCGAGUUCCACCAGCCUAUAGACAGAUAUGGGUGUUACAGAUUCAGGACUGA